AUGAGCCGCCACUGGCCCUGGGAGGUGAGCCUCCGUGUGGAAGAUGAGCACGUGUGUGGAGGGGCCCUCAUUGACCACAAAUGGGUGGUGACUGCUGCCCACUGCAUCAAAGGCACCAAAGAGUACUCCGUGACUCUCGGCACCGCGCAGCUGAAGCCCACGAACCCCAGGAUGGCCGUCUCGAUCCAGGUGAAGGACAUCAUCAUGCACCCCAAGUUCUGGGGCCGGACCUUCACCAUAGGCGACGUCGCCCUCCUGCAGUUGCACACUCCCGUCGUCUUCAGCAAGUACGUUCAGCCCAUCUGCCUCCCGGAGCCCACCUUCGACCUGAAGGUGGGGAUGCAGUGCUGGGUGACCGGCUGGAGCCAGGCCAAGCUGCGCUACUCAGCCAACUCCACGCUGACCCCAGAGCUGCAAGAGGCGGAGGUGUUUAUCAUGGACAACAAGAGGUGUGACCAGAUUUACCGGAAAGAGUCCCCCAUCUCCCACAUCCUCCCCCUUAUCUUGGGGGACAUGAUCUGUGCCACCAAUUAUGGAGAAAACCUGUGCAAUGGGGACCCUGGGGGCCCGCUGGCUUGCGAAGUGGAGGACAGGUGGAUUCUGGCUGGGGUGAUGUCCUGGGAAAAGGCCUGUGCCAAAGCACAGAACCCAGGUGUGUACACACGCGUCACCAAAUACAGCAAAUGGAUCAAGAACCAAAUGAGCAACAGGGCUCUCUCAGGCCCCUGCACCUCCGCCUGGCUCCUUCUCCUGACCUGGCUGCUGCCUCUCCUAAUGGGCCCCUGAUCUCCCCCUCCAGAAUGGGGCCA